CUCGCGCUGCUUUUGUCUGGCGUGUGGCUGGACGUGGCUUUUUCGCCGGGCUGAUUGGCGCUGAGCGUAUUGCGUCACCUCCGAUGCUUCGCUGUUGUUACGUGUGUACGGUUUUCUUCAGUGAUUGCAGCAUCUGCUGGUUGUCUGUGGAAACUGCAUCCGAUUUUCUUCAGGAAAAGCAUCGUUUCCACAGUACGUGGCUUUAAUCUGCCCCUCUCUUCGCUCACCACCUCUCCAGCGACAGGAGAAAAGAUGACCAUAUGUUAACUCUUGUGGAAAGGUUGGAUUUUUUGUGCGCGCAGUGAGAUUUUCUGUACGCGCCAACCGUGUCAGCAGUGCGCAAUUGCGCAUGCGCGCAGUGGUCAUCAGGUUCAGACAAUCCCGCUGCUGGCAGCAGUGUUUGUGGUGGUGGCGACAGUGCUGUACUUUCUGUUUCAAGGCUCUGGAGCAGAGAAGAACAAGCUGCCUGUGACUCUGCAGGAUCCUAUGGUCAAAUAUCCACUUCUGCUGAUAGAGAAACAGGAAAUCAGUCAUGACACAAAGAAAUUUCGGUUUGGCCUUCCCUCUGAAUCUCACAUCCUUGGACUACCUGUAGGUCAGCAUGUGUAUCUGUCAGCCAAGGUGAAUGGCAAUCUGGUGGUGCGAGCCUACACUCCAGUCUCCAGUGACAAGCAUCAGGGAUAUGUGGACCUUGUAGUAAAGGUGUACUACAAGAACACGCAUCCAUCCUUUCCAGAGGGAGGAAAAAUGUCUCAAUACCUUGACAACAUGGCUAUUGGGGAUAGGAUUGAUUUUAGAGGACCUAAUGGGCUGUUGGUGUAUAAAGGAAAUGGUCAGUUCUCCAUUCGACCAGACAAAAAGUCAGAGCCCAGGAUUCAGACGUAUAAGCACAUUGGAAUGAUUGCUGGAGGAACAGGAAUCACUCCCAUGCUACAGUUGAUUCACAGCAUCACAGCAAACCCCACUGAUAACACUAAGUGCUCAAUUAUAUUUGCCAACCAGAGUGAGAAGGAUAUUCUCCUCAGGACGGAGCUGGAAGACACGAAGAAGAAUUAUCCUGACAAAGUAUCGCUCUGGUUUACACUGGACAAACCUUCACAAGGUUGGAGCUACAGUUCAGGAUUUGUAACCUAUGACAUGAUCAAGGAACACCUGCCUGCUCCAUCCCACGAUGUUCUGAUAGUCCUCUGUGGUCCUCCACCGAUGAUCCAGAAUGCAUGUCUGCCAAAUCUGGACAAGCUGGGACAUCUUAAAGAAAACAUCUUUGCAUAUUAAUAUUCAAAUUGCCCACAGAGCUGCUUAGUUGCUAAUACUAAUCAUUCAGUCACAAAUCACUGUACUGUAUACACUCUGUUGAUGGUCUAACAUAAUCCUAAAUGACUAGUGUACAGUGUGUAUGCACCUCCAGGACAGAAAGACUGUAUUCAAACUACUCUGUAGUCCACAUCCACAAAACAUCAAAUACAAUUGAGAUGGUUAUAAAACAACUGUAAUUUUUGUAACAUUAAAAUAAUAAUGAAUUAAAGAUGAAAUUCAUAAAAUAACUAC